CGCUGAUCAACGCCCGCGCCUGUGCAAGCCACCAGCCCCAGCGUGUUCACUGGCACACAGCAAGUCUCGACUCUUCAGCUGACCGGGCCCACGCUCUUCCCGCGCACUGUGCGGCACACGCUGUGGCAGCCCUAGCCCGCACCCUGCCUGUGGCCAGCAACACUCGGACAGUCGGGGGCGCCACCACAAUGUCCUACGCGUACCUGUUCAAGUACAUUAUCAUAGGUGACACGGGCGUGGGCAAGUCGUGCCUGCUGCUGCAAUUCACCGACAAGCGCUUCCAGCCGGUGCACGACCUGACCAUCGGCGUGGAGUUUGGGGCGCGCAUGAUCAACAUCGACGGCAAGCAGAUCAAGCUGCAGAUAUGGGACACGGCCGGCCAGGAGUCGUUCCGCUCCAUCACGCGCAGCUACUACCGCGGCGCGGCGGGGGCGCUGCUGGUGUACGACAUCACGCGGCGCGAGACGUUUGAGCACCUGGCGUCGUGGCUGGAGGAUGCGCGGCAGCACGCCAACCCCAACAUGACCAUCAUGCUCAUCGGCAACAAGGCAGACCUGGGCCACCGCCGCGCCGUGAGCACCGAGGAGGGGGAGCAGUUUGCAAAGGAGCACGGCCUGGUGUUUCUGGAGACGAGCGCCAAGACGGCGCUGAAUGUGGAGGAGGCGUUCAUCAACACGGCGAGAGCCAUCCACGGCAAGAUCCAGAGCGGCGUGUUUGAUGUGUCCAAUGAGAGCUACGGCAUCAAGGUUGGCUACGGCGCGGGCGGCACGGGCGCGGGCGCGCCCGGCACGGUGCGGCCAGGGGAGCCGUCGCCGCAGCAGACCAGCUCCUGCUGCAGCUGAUGGGCCGCUGGGCCGGCCCCGCGCCCUGCACCUCGCCUUUUGCAUGACAUCCAAGCAGCCGCAGGCAGCGCUGGUCCGCCUGGGGAUGCCACAGCAUGCCAGGGCGCAGUAGCGUGCGCAGCAUGCGCAUGCUCCCGACCACUCCCGACCCCUUUGCUUUUCGUGCGCCGCUGCCUCCCUGUCUCUUUCUGCAUUUUCAAGUGUACAUUACAUGUGCUGCUGC